GAGCUGCCACCAUGGAGGAGGUGGAGUCACGCUUCCUGCACCUCCUGCAGCCCAUCCGCGACCUCACCAAGAACUGGGAGGUGGAUGUGGCCACCCAGCUCGGGGAGUACCUGGAGGAGCUGGAUCAAAUCUGCAUUUCUUUUGACAACGGCAAAACCACCAUGAACUUCAUAGAAGCCGCCCUGUUGAUCCAGGGUUCUGCCUGCAUCUACAGCAGGAAGGUGGAGUAUCUCUACUCGCUGGUCCACCAAACGCUUGACUUCAUCUCCAAUAAAAAGCGGGAAAAACAGCCCAGCUCCCUGGGGCAGGACGGCAAAGACGCUGACGUGAGCUUUGGGCCUGAAAAGGAGGAGUUCCUCUCCCUGGACGACAUCAGGGACGACAGCCAGGCAAGCAUGGACAUGAAGAAGGAUCAUCAGCCCAGCGCUCUGAUCAGCGUUCCCUUGACUCCGAUGUCUCUGGUCGCCCCGGAAGAGGAUGAGAAGAGGGACAACCCUCUUUUCAGCCGGAAAGGGGAGAUCCUCGCCAGCCGUAAGGAUUUCCGGAUGAACACGUGCACCCCUCACGCCACCGGAGCCUUCCUGCUGGAGCUGGCAGGAGGGUCCUGCGUCCUCGGCAGUGGGAGGGAGUGCAUGAGCACCGGCAGGGCUCCCAUCCAGGCGCUGAGCUUCUCUGAAGAGGGAGGUGCUGCAGGACCGGAUGACGACAACAGCAGAGGGGAUGACGUGCCUGGGGCCCCGGAAGACGAUGUGGAAAUGACUCCGGCUGCUAAUGAACAAGUCGAGGCACAGAGGGAGAUACUGGAUCCGUGGCAAAGCCUUGACCCCUUCGGUGACUCCGAGGACAAGCCGUUUAAGAAAGGGAGGCCGUUCCUGGUACCGCACGGCCUGGAUGAUGUGGUCGGUGGCAAGCGGAAAAGGAAGGGACCAAGGAAGCUCCAGGACUUUAUGAAAUGGUUCUCUGCAGCCUACAACAACGUUGCCGACAGCAGGAAAACCAAGAGGAAAGGGCCGACGUUCGCAG